AAACACAACAACACAAAAUUAUUUGUUCCUGGUGUGGAGAACAGCAGUGAUGGAAUCCCAAGCUUUUGUAGCACUGGUAGCUGGUGUCACAGGGAUGGCUGGGCUGAGUCUAGCCCAAGCCCUCAAGCAGCCCAACUGUCCCGGAGGCCCAUGGAAAGUUUACGGCGCCGCUCGCAGGCCCCCGCCCAGUUGGUUCCCUCCUUCCACAGUCGACCACUUCAUCACCUUUGACGCUGUCGACUCUUCCGACACAAUCGCCAAGCUUUCACCGGUUGCGAGUGAAGUCACCCACCUAUUCUGGAUCAGCUUGCAGGUUCGUGUAGAUGAAGAAGCCAACGUGAGAAUCAACGAAACCAUGCUCUUCAACGUUCUCAGCGCCCUCAAAUCUUGCACACCUUCAAAGCUAGCCCAUGUGACAGUUCAAACCGGCACCAAACACUACAUGGGCCCAAUUUUCGAUCCACUCCUCUCCACCAAACUCAUCUCCCACGACCCACCGUUUCACGAGAACAUGGCGAGGCUCCCUUACCCCAACUUCUACUACGCGCUCGAGAAUCUCGUUGCAUCUUUCGUGCCAUCGCUCACGUACUCAGUGCACCGCUCCUCUAUUAUAAUAGGAGCGUCGUCCAGGAGUAUAUACAACUCCCUGCUCACGCUAGCAACCUACGCUGUGAUUUGUCGCCACGUGGGAUUGGCGUUUCGGUACCCGGGGACGAAGUACACGUGGGAGCAUUUCUGUGACAUGACCGACGCCGGAGUGUUGGCGCAGCAGCACGUGUGGGCUGCGGUUUCCCCUGAAGCUAAAAACGAAGCAUUCAAUUGCACAAACGGCGACGUUUUCACGUGGAAGAGUAUGUGGAAGUUGCUGUGUGAAGUUUUCGAUGUGGAGUUUGUGGCGUUUGACGAAACGCAAAGGUUUGAUUUGGUGGAGCUGAUGCGUGAUAAGGGUUGCGUUUGGAAGGAGAUCGUGGAGAAAUACGAGCUUCACAACACCGUAUUGGAGGAAAUAACCUGCUUUGACGCCCUACAAGCGGUGCUACGUUUUAAGUUUCAACAUGUAUCUAGCAUGAACAAGAGUAGAGAAUAUGGAUUUUUUGGGCAUGUUGAUACCUUCAAGAGUAUCAGAUUUUGGGUGGAGAAACUCAGAGAAAUGAAGAUCAUACCAUCAUAUCAACAGUGAACUUCAUAUUUUCUCUGCUGUGAGUUUCCUAUAAAUGGUCAUCUUUGCCACCUGAUAGCAUGGGUAAAUAAAUAGUAUAAUUGUGAACAUGGUUUAUGUUUUGUUUUAAGCCAAAAGAAUAAUAGUCGGCUAUAAAAAUUACCAUUGUGAUUGAUUGUUAUAUUAUUAGUCUCUGAUGUGUUGUUAGUGUCCUAUAAAAUUAUAAAAAAGAUUGUAAAACUAAAAAUCUGAGUCAAAAUAUCAUUUUUCUGUAUGUUUUACAAAAAUCUUUCUGUAUUCCUUCUGUUGGAUUUUGGAUUUAGAGUCUACAUAAUCAUUUUAUUGAAGUGUUUGAUUGCUAGAUGUAUUAGUCGCUUGAGGUAUGCACUGUGUGCACAAUUAUUGAAGUGUUCAA